AUGCGCUUUGAAAAGUGUAAUACUCCAUCGGUUAUGUCCAACUUUGUCCGCCAAGCGUCAUUCGAUGUCGAAUAUGCUCCUGCGCAUAUUUCGAAAUGGGUAUCCAAAAGAACAGGUUUGCAAAUAACCUAUGUCAACCAACCAUCGCCGGUAGUGAAUGGAUAUUUCGCUGUGGCCACUGAAAUUCCCGACGAUUCGGGUUGCCCCCAUACACUUGAACAUUUGGUGUUCAUGGGUUCGCAGAAGUACCCUUACAAAGGUUUGUUGGACAACUUGGGAAACCGCUUUUUCUCAUCCACGAAUGCUUGGACCUCGGUCGAUCAGACCGUGUACACUCUCACCACUGCUGGAUGGGAAGGCUUUAAAACCUUACUUACGAUCUACUUGGACCAUCUUUUCAAACCAACCUUGACGAAUGAAGCUUGUUUGACUGAAGUGUAUCACAUAGAUGGGAAAGGUAAAGAAAAAGGUGUCGUUUUCAGCGAAAUGCAGGGAAUCGAAAACCAGUCGUGGUUUUUGACCUACAACGAAUUGCAGAAAACCUUGUAUGCUGAAACGUCAGGUUACUCGUCAGAAACAGGGGGGUUGACCUCAGAAUUACGCCACUUGACGAAUGAUCAGAUUAGAGAUUUUCACAAGGCCAUGUAUCGCCCAGACAACCUUUGCGUGGUGAUCACAGGCUCAGUUGACGAGCAAGAAUUGUUGGAAAUCAUGAAUGAGUUUGAUAACCUGUUGAGCCCUCUUUCAGAUGAACCUCGUAAAAGACCAUUUGUUGAUUCACCUCAUGAUAUGCCACUCAAUGAGUAUAUUAUUAAAAGAGUUGAGUUUCCAGACAAAGAUGAAAGUAUGGGAGAACUUGUUUUGGGUUGGAUCGGUCCGGAAAGUGAAAAGGCUUUGGAUAAUCUUGCUGUUGAUAUGGUUGGUUCGUACUUUACUGAUUCGCCCAUUUCGCUUUUCAACAAGCACUUAGUGGAAAUUGAAGAUCCUAUGGCCACAGAAAUUGACUAUGGAACGGACGACUUCAUCCGCACAGGUUUGAACUUUACAGUCAGCGGUGUUCCCACUGAUCGUUUGAAAGAAGUUGAUGCCAAAAUCAAAGAGAUGAUCGAACAGCUGACUAAAGAAGAAUCUUUUGACUUGGAGUACAUGCAGCAAAUCGUUCGUCAGCAGAUGCUUAAGUUUGUGGCAAACACGGAAAGAUCUUCAACAACGUUCUCGAAUGUAGCUAUUCUGGAAUUCAUUUAUGGCAAGAAAGAUGGAACAGACUUGGAAAAAUGGACAAAAGACCUUCACGAGUUUGAAGUUCUCAGUACUUGGUCAGCCAAAGAAUGGUGUGACAUAAUCAAAAAGUACUUUGUUGAUAACAAAUGCGCGUCCAUUCUUGGAGUUCCAUCUUCUGCUUUGAAUAAAUCUACGAAGAAAGAGAACAAACAGAGGAUUAAGGAUAUUAGAGAAAAAUAUGGUGAAGAGGGUCUCGCCAAACUUGAUCAGGAACUCAAAAAGGCUCAGGAAAAGAACGAUUUGCCUAUCCCAGACGAAGUACUUACACAGUUUGGAAAACCAGAUCCAUCUAAAAUUGAAUUUAUCUACACGAAGUCAUACAGAGCUGGCGCUAAUAAGACGGAUGCUUCAAUUUAUACAGAUGAUGAUGAAUUUGCCACUUUAAUUAAAAAGGACGAACCAGAGGAUAUGCCUUUAUUUUUGCAUUUUGAGGAGUUCAAAUCUCGUUUCGUCACUGUCCAUAUUAUCAUGCCAACCACAAAUGUGCCGGAGAGUCUUUUAUGUUACUUUUCUUUAAUUGAGGAAAUAUUUUCACUCUCCAUCAAAAAGCCGGACGCCAACAUUCCAUACGAAAAGGUCAUCUCAGAUAUCAACAAUGACCUUAUUGAGUUUCAGUUUGAUAACGGGUUGGAAAAUCAAUUUGUCGAACUCGCUAGUGUUAAGAUAAAGUUUGAGGCCAAUAAGUAUGAGCGUGCUAUUCAAUGGCUUAUUGAUGUUCUUAAGUACUCUGUUUUUGAAGAAUCCAGGUUAAGAGUCAUGGUGGAAAAAAUCAUCAACUCUCUUCCAGACAAGAAGAGAAGCAGUGAAUUGAUGAUGUACUCUUCCCAACAUCGUACGAUUUACAACACGGCUUCCUUGAGAAAAUCUCAGGACUCCAUUUAUACUGAGAAGUUCUACAGAAGCCUUUUAGAGAAGCUUGAUAAUGGCAAAUUUUCCGAAAUUGAGGCUGAUCUUGAAACUUUCAAACUGAAAUUAUUCAACGUCGCUAAUAUGAAUGCGUUCGUAGUGGGAGGAUGCAAAGAUCUUGAGAAACCAGUUUCUUCAUGGGCUAAGUUUGCGCAAGAGUUUUCGGACACAAAAGAAAAAUUCGAUCAAUUCACACUCGAGAAGCUUCCAAGAGCAUUCCAAUUCAAGACAGAAGAGGGCCAAAAAUGCAGUGGAAAUGCACAUCUUGUGACUACUUCUGCGAGCGAAACAACUCAUCUUGUUUCUUUGACCACAAUCCCGACUGAUUAUUUGGACGAAGACAUCUUCAAGAUUGCCUUGGCAAGUGAAUUUUUGGGAGGUGUUGAAGGACCCUUCUGGAGAGGAAUUCGUGGAACCGGCCUUGCAUAUGGCGCAAACAUUAGAAGUCUUGUAGAAGCUGGUUACUUGUCUUUCACCAUUUACAGAGGUGCCGAUGCCCAACAAGCAUGGUUGACGGGUAAAAAAAUUAUUAGCGACUACACUUCUGGAGUUCUCAAGAUUGACCACAUCAGUAUUGAAAACUCGAUUGCUGCUAUCGUGAACGAACUCGCAAACGCUGAAUCGAAUGCCUACGAUGCGUCGAUCAAUAAGAUGGUGGAUAAUCUUUUCAAGAAGAGAGGUGCUUCAUAUCUCAAACACUUUUUGGCUAGAUUGAACUCCUAUACUGCGGAAGACUUGGUCUAUAUCAUGAAAAAGUACUUCCUUCCUUUGUUCGAACCACUGACUUCGCUUCUUUUCUGCUGUUUGCCCACCGGAACAGUCGACGAGUUUUCUGAAUUCAUGGGCAAAGUCGGAUACAACGUAUCAGUGGAAGAAAUCGCUUCUACACAAGUAGAUGGCCAUUCUGAGGAUAGUCACAGCUGUGGAAGCGGCUGCGGAAGCGACUGUGAUAGCCACGAAGAAGAAUGGGAGACCGGAAGUGAGGAGGAAACGGACAGUGAAGAGGACACUGACGAAUCUGAGAGUGAAGAGGAAACUGACAGUGAGGAAGAUAAGUAG